AUGGAACGAUUGCUUAAAGAAUUCCACGACUCCCCCCUGGCGGGACACCCUGGGCAACAAAGAACCCUAGAGCUCCUGAACCGCAACUACUGGUGGCCAGGAAUGAAGUCAUCCGCUAAGGAAUGGGUAGAGUGCUGUCCUAUCUGCCAAGCCAACCGCCGCGCGCACGCCCCCGUUAUUUCCCUAAAGCCCUUAGAAGUCCCCCCGUUCCCUUUCCACACAAUAUCCUAUGACUUCAUCACGGGAUUCCCCAAGUCUAGUGGGUACAAUGCAAUUCUAGUCGUAAUCGACUCCUUCUCUAAGUUUGGUCACUUCAUCCCAACCACAAAGAAGGUCACAGCCAAGGGCCUAGCAGACCUGUUCAUCACCCAUGUUUGGAAGUUACACGGACUACCGGUCAAGACAGUCUCAGACCGCAGAACAACGUUCACAGGAAAAUUCCUAAGAGCACUGUACCAACGCCUUGGGGUCAACCCGGCCUUCUCCUCAGCCUACCACCUGGAAUUGGACGGACAAACAGAAAGAGUGAACCAAUUCAUUGAGUUCUAUCUUAGAUCCUACGUUGCGGCAGACCAUUCAGACUGGGCUACCUGGUUACCAUUAGCAGAAUAUGCGUACAACAACGCUAGACACUCGGCUACUGGCAAAACCCCCUUUGAACUUGUCUAUGGAAGAAGUCCCGUCAUGAGUCCAUCCAAUGUGCCGGCAAAUGUCCCAGAAGCCGACCACGUAGCAGACACCCUAGCUCAAGAAUGGAAAGAGGCAGAAUCCGCUCUGAGACUUACAAAGGAAAGGAUGGCAGGGAACAAGGGAAUAAUUCCAGAAUACGCAAUUGGCAAAAAAGUAUGGCUGGAUGGAAAAAACGUGGAACUAAGAACCAACUCUAACAAAUUGGACCCCAAGAGAUUAGGUCCUUUUGAAGUCUUAGAGAAAAUAUCCAGCCACGCGUACCGCCUGAAACUUCCAGAAACCCUAAAGAUCCAUGACGUAUUCUACGUAGGGCUGUUAUCCAAGGUUUACGAAUCUCCCAGCCAACCCUUCCCGGAACGUCCCCCUCCAGAAACAAUUGAAGGGGAAGAAGAAUAUGAAGUGGAACAGAUCAUUGACUCCAAAAGGCAAAAAGGAAAAUGGUUCUACCUGAUCAAAUGGAAAGGAUACGGACCAGAAGACAAUUCAUGGGAACCAGAAGAACUCUUGGAACACAGUCAAGAGGAAAUCCAACGCUUUAACAGGUCACAACUGAAAAAGGCUUGUGACUCCGCCAAGAGCCUUUAA